AUCAUGUGUAUAGCUGCAUGGAUUUGGCAAGCUCACCCAAUCUACCAACUUCUCCUUCUCCAAAACAGAGAUGAAUUCCAUGAUAGGCCAACAAAACCAUUAGGAUGGUGGAGUGAUGGCAAAACAAGUAUCUUAGGAGGAAGAGAUGGAAUAGCAGGAGGAACAUGGAUGGGUUGCACAAGGAAUGGCAGAGUGGCAUUCAUCACUAAUGUUUUAGAGCCGGAUUUUAUCCCGAAUUCGAAAAGCCGGGGCGAUUUGCCUGUCCGGUUUUUAGAGAGUUUGAAGACUCCAAUAGAGUUUGCCGAGGAAUUAGCAAAGGAAGAAGAAGAGUACAAUGGAUACAACUUGGUUUUAGCUGAUGUUUGUUCGAAAAUUAUGGUGUAUGUUUCGAACAGGCCGAAAAGUGAGCCUGUGUGUGUUCAAGUUGUAAGUCCAGGACUUCAUGUUCUUACUAAUGCUAGACUGGAUACUCCAUGGCAUAAGGCACAAUUGCUUGGUGAGAGUUUGAAGGAGAUGUUGAGGAGUAAUGGAGAUAAAGAAAUUGCUGCAAAGGAAAUGGUGGAGAAGUUGAUGGGAAACAGAGUGAAGGCUGAGAAGGAUAGGUUGCCAAACACUGGGUGUGAUUCUGAUUGGGAACACAAAUUGAGUUCAAUCUUUGUUGAAACGGACACCAAACUGGGAGUGUAUGGGACAAGGAGUACAGGGGUAUUGGCAGUGAAAACAGAUGGAGAAGUAUGCUUCUAUGAGAAGUAUUUGAAGGAAGGAGUGUGGAAAGAGCAUAGUGUACAGUACCAUUUAAAUGUUUGAUUGGUUUAUGUUUUGUGUAUGUGUGUGUAAAUAAGAAUCUGUUUGGUUUUUUCAGAACAAUGAGCUUGUGUUGUUGUGAAAAGCUUGCUUGUUCAAAUGAUGAUGUAGCAUUAAAUGUUUUUAGAAAAAUGGAAACUAAGAAAAUAGGGUGA